AUGGUUAAGGAUGCUGCAGGCACACCUCAAAAGAAGAAGAUAUUUUCGAGUAACAGGACCGAUAAAACUGAAGAAACACUUAAAUCAAGUCGCCUACAGGCUAAUGGUGAUAAGGAUGAAAUCUCAAAAUAUCCGGUGGUCUAUUAUCGAGGAGAGAACAUGAAAAGGGAUCUGACAAAGAUGUUGAAUCUUCGCCAAGCGAAGGCAAAAGCCAAUAACGACACCUCCUAUCACGAAAUUCCACACGAUCAUAUCGACUACCGGUACGAAUGCAUCCGAAGCCUUGGGAAGGGGAGUUUCGGUAAUGUUAUUCUCGCUAUCGAUCACAAGGAGAAAAUGGAUGUAGCUGUCAAAGUUGUCAGGCGGGACAUUCGUUUUACCACUCAGGCAAAAGAAGAAAUCGCUAUUCUAGAGACUCUACAGCGAUUGAACCCUAAUCCGAAGGGAUCAUCAGAUCGAUUUCCGAUAGUGCAAAUGAUCGAGCACUUCAUGUUCCGCGAUCACAUGUGCCUCAGUUUUGAACUUCUCGGUUGCUCGCUCUAUGAUCUUAUAAAGGAUAAGAAAGACCAGGGACUUCCACGCGAUCGCGUUAGACGACUGAUGUCUUCUGUCUUGGAUGGUCUAACAUAUGUCUGGAACGCUGGAAUCAUCCACUGUGAUUUAAAACCCGAAAAUGUCCUUCUUGUCAGCAGGGCUUCAGACGGUGGUCCUGAUGAAAUACGUGAUCUUGUCAAAAUUAUUGACUUUGGAUCUUCUUGUUUCAUUGGAAAACAGUGUUAUCCUUAUAUCCAAUCACGGUUUUAUCGUGCGCCAGAGGUUAUCAUGCGAUCGGAUUACAAUCGACCAAUUGAUAUUUGGAGUUUUGGUUGCCUUGUUUUUGAAAUGAUUCGAGGCUACCCACUAUUUCCUGGUGAGGAUGAGUUCGACCAACUCGCCUGUAUGAUGGAGAAACUGGGUAUGCCGCCGUUGCAGAUGGUUGAGAACUCUCGUGUAUUAUCUAGGUAUUUUGCUGAACCCGAAGCAUCAAGAAAGUACUACAGCCCUCUGGAUAAACAAACCCCACUGAAAUUGAUUCCUCGCUACUGUACCAUCCACCAGAAUCAAGAUGGUAGUGCGGAACUGCGCCCAAAUCUCUCGAAGAAGACUCGACGUCUCAGGAAACCACCAGGUUCUGUAAAAAUUGCCCAGGCGCUUGUGAGUACACUGUCUCACAGUUCUGGAAAGUACAAUGAUUACACCCCUUCGCCUUCCGAAGCAAUAGACAAUAUCCACGUGGUCAAAUUAAUCGAGGCCUGUCUCUCUUGGCAACCAGAGAAGAGAAUUAAUCCCACACAGGCUAAAACCUUUUCCUGGUUCAACUAUAAGCCGAGCCAAAUAAGUGACAAUUAUCCAAUGUCCUUGCUAUCACGAUCUCGAAGUUCUCCAUUAAGUAAACGUUCCAGCGCCUCCAGUCAGAAUUCAAACCACUCGAAUGUCGCCUCCUCAGGGACACUGAAGAACACCCUCACAAGUGGAGCUGUUCUUCUAGAGGCUCCUGCCCAAGCUAUUGUUGCUUCAUCCGCAGGUCCUGAAACCACUGAAGUCCGAAUUGCUUCACCCAAGGUUGUGGCUGCGCGGGCAUCUUUAGGACAAGCCAAUCACAUUGUUCCCGCCAGUCAAAGCAUCAAUAGUAAUAGCUUCAAUAGUAACACUGUAGGUGUAACUGAAAUCAUUCCAAUUCACAAAAGAAAGGUCAAAGCGUCAUUCACCUCUGCCUCUCCUCCUGGGCCGGAGCUGCCAAAGAGGCAUGGCUCUCCAGCAUCCAUUUCGUCAGGUGAGAAUAAGCAGGAGGAGAGAGUGAUCUAUGCUCGGUCCUACAAACCAGUCAGUCCCAAAGCCAACGUCUCUUUUAGGCAUAAAGCUAAUCUCCCAGAGAAGGUGUCUGAUAUUUCCUUGCAGUCGCUGGAUUCAAGUAUUGAUGAUAUUACACCAAGGCAACAGGAUAGUUCGAGGUAUACUAGGAGGAAUGGCGCGCAACCGAGUGAUCGAUUCCGCGAACCUAGUACGCGUUUGAGAAAGAGAAACCAGAGCAUGGAACCCAAACGGCAUACUCAACCGGUUAGAAGUGAGGUUAUCAUAAAAGAGAAGUCCAUUUUGCCAUCUCGAAGCUACAUUACCAGCAUGACAACCGCGUUCAGUUCGUCACCUGAAGAGGAAUCUGAAAAGAGUGGACGACAUAACCCCAACGCCCUCUCAAAGACCUCUCGUUGGGAUCUCACAACUGUUGGACACCCGGAGCCUAAAGCGACCUACGUUAAUAACAGAAUGGAUCCAGCUAGGGCUCGAAAGCACAUAACUCUGCGUACAGAACCUCUAACUUUGGACAAACGGCUAAAUUUAGCUAAAACAAGAUCUGCAAUUGAUUUCCCAAUAAACUUCUCCUUAGAAAACUCCGAUGAAUCCGAGGAAUCCAAACGUCGACCCAUCUAUGAGAGUUCUUUGAGAGCGGAGACCAUGAAACGUCCAAUGUUUAGGGAACAGUUGAUAGGAUCUAAACUCUCUGACACUGGAAUCUCACCGUCGCCAAGGCCAAUUACGAAGACUUCUUCAACAAGGACCCAUCAUGUUCGCGAUUCUUCCGGAAAAGUCAUCCAAACCCACGGUGAUUAUAGACGCCGCCGAAUGCCCAAUAAAACUAAUUCCACCAAUCAUCUUGUCGAAUUAACCGAGGCAAAGUUGAGUAGUUCCCGCUCAAGCGAUAAUCUUCCUGCUUCACGCAUUCAUAACACCCGUACAAAUGGCGCGGGUGUGGAUACAGAGAGCGCCGAUAGUUUUAUGGAUUUAAACAAACUCCAACCCUCUGUUAUGAUGAUUAAACCCCAGACGUAA